AUGGCUCGGCCUGCUAAACCUCCCAUGACCCUGCGGGAGGCGAAGCGGGCAUACAAGAAAGAUGGUGGGCAGUUCCGAUACACCGCGUCACAGAUGGCGCGCGCAGACCGACAGGACGCGCGGGAAGAACAACGCAAGAAGGCGACAGAGAAGGAGAAACAGCGUCAAGAGAGCAAACGUAAACGGGAUGAGAAGCAGGAAAGAGAACGCGCAGCCAAACAAAAGAUGCUAGAGGAGGGCAGGAUCACAGUUGAGGACACUUGGGGCAAAGUCACCGCCAGCCAACCGCGGCUGAACAGGUUCUUUGUCCAGAGACCAACCCUGGUGCCUUCGAAACGAAAGUUCCGAGAUGAGAUCAUUCAGGAGGAGGAUUCGGUGUCUGGGGGUGCGCCACCUAGCCAGGGACAUACCGAAGAGGUGGAGAAUGAUCAAAAGAAGGAGAUCACGGAAGACACGAACAAGAUGGUGUUUGGUGCACAUCCAGCGGAUCCAAGUCCAAUAAAUAAAUCCCAAAGCGAGCAUGACAUACAACACGUGUUGAGCCCUCCGCUGGCACUGAGGGAUGUCAGCAACUCGGAGCUCAAUGCACGACCGAGAGACAGGCAACCACAGUCGUCCGAGGUGAUCAAGGGUAAUAUCCUGAGGCCUCCCUGGCCGAAUUCGGGCAAAAAUGCUCGACAUCCUCAAGUGUCAGAGGCCUCAAAGGGUCUUCUGGACAACGUGUCCGCCUCCAUACACAGCAAUUCUACCCCAGAGCCCCAGUCAUCUGUAACAGGUAGAUUAGGAAGGGAAUACCAUCCAAAGGCCGGGGGCUUUACACAGAAAGGGUCCGCUACUUUCGCAGAUCCAAAGGCAGAAUUAUGUGAGAUCAGAACCGGCCCGUCAGGCGUCGACACAGACGAGGAGGAUUUCACAGACGGGAUAGACGACGAGACUUUCUUGAUGCUCUGCGGAACACAGAAGCCUGGACAUGACUUAGAGACCACAAAAUGGGUACAUUCAGGGACCCCACCACAGACAGUUUGCACAGGCGCUACUCCAGUCGCAUCUAUAUCACCCCCUUUGAAGGAACACGCACAACCAACCCGGAAUAAACCAGAAUCUCCGAUAGAGCCGAUGGCUCCGAUGCCCAUCACUGUCCACGAAAGCUUCAGCGCGGUUUUUAAUGAAAUCGAAGACGAAGACCUCAUUGCUCUCGCGGAGGAACUCGAGGCCGAUCUUGCCGCGCCGUCAAAGCCUACAGCUACGACGGCAUCACCAACGCAGCAACCACAGUCGAAACCGAUAUCAAAAUCGAUACCGGUACCGGUGCCAGUACCUAAACCGAGAACGGGGAGAAUCCUUACAGACAACGAGUCGAAACGAAGGACAGGCAGCCCAUCUCCAUGGGAAGAAUUUGGCGCGCCCGGUCCCUCGACGCAAGCGCUGAUGCUCGAACUGGUCGAGCAGGCCGAAGCAGAGAUGGAAAGCUCAUUACAGUAG